AUGUGCGCGAGCGACACUGGGCCGCUCGUGAUCGACGGCGAGACGUUUGGCGUCAAGGGCCGGCUCGGCAGUGGGCACUAUGGCAGCGUCCUGCUCGGAGAGAGUGCGAGGCACGGAUCCGUGGCCGUCAAGCUAGGAGUUGACCUGACGCACGAGGCCGCUGUGCUGCGCUCCUUGGGCACGGCCGCCGGCUUUGCGCCUGCCAUCUACCACGCGCAGAGCGAUGCGAUCGUGAUGGAGCUACUCGGCCCAUCGGUGCAGACGCUGUGGGAGACGACGACCUCAAUGACCUUCUUUUCCGGUCCGACCGUGCUGCGUCUCGGUCGCGGCAUGAUGCGCUGCCUGAGAGCACUGCAUGAGGCGGGUUGGGCGCACAACGACGUCAAGCCAGCCAAUUUUCUCCGCGGGGCUUCAGGGUCGGAGCUGCACCUGAUUGACUUCGGCCUCGCGAGCCGGAUCGGUGCCGGAGACCGCGCAGUCGGCGAAGUCGGCACGCCGCUGUUUGCCAGCUUCGCCGGCCAGACGGGCUCUCGGCCCACCCGCGGUGUGGACGACCUGGAGUCGCUCGUCUACUGCCUCACCUUUUUGGCGAGCGGCGGCCUGCCGUGGGAGAGGAAGUCGCACGCCCGGACGGCCUUCAUGAAGGGCCGGAUGCUCACCGACGAGGGCUGCGAGCUGCUCACCGACAGCUGCGCUGCCUCGGGCCUCACCGACGACAUCCCCUCGCCGCAGCUUGUGGAGGCGUUGCAAGCAGUCUGGGCAGAGGUGGUCGCCUGCCAAGAGGGCCAGAGGAUAAAUUACGAAGCAUGCCUAGCUGCACUGACUGACUGUGGCCCAGCAGACGAGGUGUGA